GUACUACAAAAAACAUAUUCCAGCUACCAACUAUGAUAACGUUGAGCAUAUUUUAAGAGUGUUAAAUGGUAUCGGAGAGAACUUGAAAUUUCGCUAUGAUGAAAUAACAAAAUUUGUGUCUAUUUCGGUAUUGGAUAAAAAUAUAACAUCCGUAACAUUAUCACCCAAAUUAAGUUUACAGCUAGGUUAUGAACCAAAUAAAAAUCUCCUAGAGAGAAAUUUUGGAAAGUGUCCUGCUAAUUUACACUUAGGGUUACCAUCUCAACUAUUUCUAUAUUGCGAUAUUAUCGAUCCUCAGAUUGUGGGUGAUGUUAUGACUCCUUUAUUAAGAGUCAUUUCAUUAGAUCCUACAAAAUACAUUUAUGGUGCAAAUAAAAUGCACGUUUUCUCUCAACCUCACUACUUACCUGUUAUGCGAAGAGAGUUCGAUACGUUGGAAAUAGUUAUAAGAUCGAGUACAGGACAAAAAAUACCAUUCCAGUUUGGAACCGUGUGUAUUAAACUACAUUUCCGAAAAUUAUAAUAAUGAAUUCUCUUCGUGAUCAUCAUAAAUGUCCAUAUGAAAAUUAUUAUACACAUCAAGCUGGAUCAGGAGUUGGAGUAAUUUAUAAGGGUUCACCAUAUCAACGCGGUCAUGGUAUUGGGAGCUUCUUAGGGGGGUUAUUCAGAUCAGUUUUACCUUUACUUUCAAGUGGUGCUCGAGUGAUUGGUAAGGAGGCAUUAAGCGCUGGAGUAGGACUUUUAUCGGAUAUGGUUCAAGCCCGUCCUAUGGAAGCCUCAAUAAAAGAUCGUCUAAAGCAAGUUAGUACGAAUUUAAAACGAAAGGCUGAUGAGAAAAUUGAUCAAUUUAACAUGACUGGAUCUGGGUAUAAAACUAAAAGAAAACGAUUGACAUCGUUCAUUCCACCAUUAACUGCUAAAGUGAAAGCUGCGAAAAAACUUAGUCUAAAACCAAAAAAUAUCAAAGAUAUAUUUUCAAACUAAAUAUGUCUUUCCUUCAUAAUCAUUCUUGCGAGUGCGUUAAGUCAGAAUUGGAUUUGUUUGCACUACCGUCUACACAAACUAGCAUUGAAAAUGGAUUGUGGAUUCAUUAUAAACCAAUUUCAUCUCUUGGUGAUGAUGGACCUAUCGAGUUUCAAGUUCCUGGGACCGGCGAUGACUACAUAGAUUUGUCUCAUACAUUACUCCACAUAAAGGCAAAAGUAUUAAAUCAAGAUUCAACUAACUUGGUAUCUACUACAAUAGUAGCACCUGUAAAUAAUUGGCUGCAUUCACUUUUUAGUCAACUUGAUGUUUAUUUAAACCAAAAACUUGUAUCACCACCUAAUAAUACCUAUGCAUAUCGAGCAUACAUGGAAACCCUUUUAAACUAUGCCCCUGCUGCUAAACAAUCUCAUCUUACUUGUAGUCUUUGGUAUGAGGAUACAGCAGGAAAAAUGGAUUCUACAGAUGGUAAAAACAUAGGAUUUGUUAAAAGACAGGAAUUGAUUAGUGAAAGUAAGGAAAUAGAAAUGAUUGGUCAUCUUCACGGUGACAUUUUUAACCAAGAUAAAUUUUUAAUUAAUGGUGUUGAAAUGAGUGUUAAAUUGGUUCGAUCAAGAGAGAGUUUUAAUUUAAUUGUUGGGUCGAACGAUGUAAAGUUUAAAGUUUGCAUUACGGACGCAACUCUUAUUGUGCGACGAGCACGAAUUAAUCCAAGUGUAUUACUCGCACAUCAAAAAGUUUUAGCUUCUACCACUGCUAAAUAUCCUAUUACUCGAGCUGAAGUAAAAGUUUUAACAAUUCCUUCAGGUGUUCAAGGAAAAACUCUUGAUAAUAUAUUUUUAGGACAGGUACCGAAAAGAUGUAUAAUUGGAUUUGUGAACAAUUCUGCAUUUAAUGGUUCCCUUACUAAAAAUCCAUUUAACUUUGAAAACUAUGGUAUUAAUUCUUUCAGCUUAUAUAUUGAUGGUCAACAAAUACCUUCAAAAGCUUUGCAACCAUCUUUUAAUAAUAGCAUAUUUACAUCAGCAUAUCAUACUCUAUUCUCGGGAACUGGUAUUCACUUUCUUAAUGAAGGAAAUGGAAUCUCUUGUGAACAGUAUGGCAAAGGUUACUGUCUAUUAGCAUUUGACUUAACUCCUGAUUUAUCAGCUAACUCAUCAACUCAUUGGAAUCUCAUAAAGCAUGGUAGUGUAAGAAUAGAAGUACGAUUUGAAUCCUCAUUAAUACAAACAAUUAACUGUAUAGUUUAUGCUGAGUUUGAUAAUAUUAUUGAGAUAGAUAAAAACAGAAAUGUUACUGUAGACUAUAGUAGUUAAGGUUAUAAUAUGUGUUGUGUGUUAGAUUUUAUGUGUUAUGUGUAAUGCAUUUUGUGUGUAUGUAACUAUGUGAAACGUUAUAAAAUUAAAUAAAACAAAUUGUAUGC